AUGUACGAGUAAUUAAUGGCUGCUGAUUUAGUGAAAGAUAUCGAAAAUCAGUUUAAAUUAGUUCAUAUAAGGAAUCCUUUUAGGUCUAGACUGGCAAUAUUAAUAAAGGCUAUCAUCGAAAUAAUAAACUGGGGAGACUUCGAGAAGAAAUGCCUUGAUAACUAAUUAUCUUUUAAAGAAAAGAAGAUAAUUUUUUGCAUAUUAAAGUUCCUUAAUAUUCAUAAAUUCGAAGAAAUAUAUUAAAUAAGUGAUUUUUCUGAAAAAGACUAUGAAUUAAUAAAAACCGAUUAAGCUAAAUUAAGAUUAGAUAAAAUUUCUAAAGAAUGGCCUGAAAACAAAGGUUUUUUGGAAGGUGCAUAUAAAAUCUUAUUACUCAGAAAUGUCAAAAUAGUCGAAGGAAGAGUUAUUUCAGAAGAUUCGGAUGGUGAAGAAGCUACUUUAGUUUAAAAAUAAGGGCAAAAAGAGGAAGAUGAGGAAGAAAAAUAAGAAUAAGAAUAAGAAUAAGAAUAAGAAUAAGAAUAAGAAUAAGAAUAAGAAUAAGAAUAAGAAUAAGAAUAAGAAUAAGAAUAAGAAUAAGAAUAAGAAUAAGAAUAAGAAUAAGAAUAAGAAUAAGAAUAAGAAUAAGUAUAAGAAUAAGAAUAAGAAUAAGAAUAAGUAUAAGAAUAAGAAUAAGAAUAAGAAUAAGAAUAAGAAUAAGAAUAAGAAUAAGAAUAAGAAUAAUCAGUUGAAUAAGAAUAAUCAGUUGAAUAAGAUAUUAAUACAAUAUUUUUGA